UGCCUCGCUUGUCCGUCCCCCCCCCCAAGAGGAGGCGGGUUGAGGGGACGUGGCUGCUGCGGUCGGGCGCGAUGAAUCUGCCGCGGGGUCCCGACAACUUGUGCUUCGAUAAGGAUGAAUUUAUGAAGCCAGACUUUGAUGUCGAUCACUUUGUGUCCGAGUGCAGAAAACGUGUUCCGCUGGAAGAACUUCGUGAUGAUCUUGAAUUAUAUUACAAGCUUCUUAAAACUGCCAUGAUUGAAUUAAUAAACAAGGAUUAUGCAGACUUUGUUAAUCUCUCUACCAACCUGGUUGGCAUGGACAAAGCCCUUAAUCAGCUUUCAGUGCCUUUGGGACAGUUGCGAGAAGAAGUUAUGAGCCUUAAGUCUUGUGUUAGUGAAGAAAUAUGUGCAAUUGAUGACCGUUUAUCUAAACAAGAAGAUAUCAGGAAAAAAAAGAUGUGUGUCUUGAGACUUAUUCAAGUUAUUAAAUCAGUUGAGAAGAUAGAGAAAAUUCUACACUCCCAAAAUUCAAAAGAAACAUCAUUAGAAGUAAGCAGUCCACUUCUGACCGGACAGAUUUUAGAGAGGAUCGCUACCGAAUUCAACCAGUUACAAUUUCAUGCGGUACAAAGCAAAGGAAUGCCCCUUUUAGAUAAGCUGAAACCACGUAUAGUUGGCAUAACAGCAACACUGCAGCAAUCUCUAGAAGGACUGCUGUUGGAAGGACUUCAGACCUCUAAUAUCGAUAUAAUACGACAUUGCCUGCGUACCUAUGCAACAAUAGACAAAACACGGGAUGCCGAGGCAUUAGUUGGCGAAGUUCUUGUGAAGCCAUAUAUAGAUGAGGUGAUUGUAGAACAGUAUGUUCAGUCUCAUGCAAAUGGUCUCCAGAUGAUGUAUUCAAAAUUGCUGGAGUUUGUUCCUCUCCAUUGCCGUCUCUUGCGUGAGGUAACAGGAGGAGGUAUUUCAAGUGAAAGAGGCAAUACGGUUCCUGGAUAUGAUUUCUUGGUAAAUUCUGUAUGGCCAGAAAUUGUUCGUGGUUUAGAAAUUAAAUUGCCGUCUCUGUUUAAUCCUGGAAACCCAGAUUUAUUUCAUGAGAAAUACAACAUAAGUAUGGAUUUUGUAAGGAAGUUUGAACGGCAAUGUGGUUCACAAGCCAGUGUAAAAAGAUUGAGGUUACAUCCUUCCUACCAGAGCUUUAAUGAUAAGUGGAAUUUGCCAGUUUAUUUUCAAAUAAGAUUUAGAGAAAUUGCAGGCACUUUAGAAGCAGCUCUUUCUGAUGGCUUAGAAGAGGCUCCAGCUGGAAGUUCAUAUUGCCUUUUGGCAACGCACAUGACAUGGGCUAGCUUACAGAAGUGCUGGUCAGCUGAGAUUUUUCUGCCAUUGCUAACUGAUCGAUUGUGGAAGCUUUCACUGCAGAUUCUAGCCCGCUACUCAGUCUUCAUUAAUGAGCUUCUGCUCAGGCCUGUGUCUAAUGAAACUGCGAAAGACCAUAAAAAAUCACUGGCAAGCAAGGAAUCCCCACUGAACUCUGUUGAAGAUCAAGGAAAUGAGUCUUAUUCAGAUGCUCAGCCCUUACCUUCUAUAUCUACCACUCAGCUUGUGUUCGUUGCUGCAGAUUUGGAUCGACUUCAGGAAUGGCUUCCUGAACUUUUGGAAAUGAUCAAACCAAAACUUGACAUGAUUGGCUUCAAGAAUAUAGCUUGUAUCUCAGGAGCACUAGAAGACUCAAAGAAUUCUUUACUAGGUUCCUGUCCAACCUUAAACAGUAAGAUUAUUCAGGACUUAAAUGAUUGCUGCUUUAGCUGCUUGAAAAGUGCUCUGGAAAUCCCAAGAUUGUAUAGAAGAACUAACAAGGAAGUGCCAACCAAGGCAUUGCCCUAUGUUGACAGUGCCCUUAAACCUUUCCAUCAACUGAAGAAUGAUUACAAAGAUACAUUAAAGCCAGCUGUGAUUGAGCAAUGGCUGGAAGGAGCCCUCAAUACAAGCACACAGAAGUAUUUGGAUACAGUAUCUGAUAUUCUAAAUUCUGUAAAGAAAAUGGAAGAGAGCUUGAAAAGGCUAAAACAAGCCAGAAAAACUGUAACUGCAAAUAAUCCCUCCCCUUCUGGAGGAAUGAGUGAUGAUAACAAAAUCCGCCUACAGUUAGCUCUAGAUGUGGAACAUUUUGGAAUGCAGAUGGAGAAGAUGGGGAUGCAGCUGAGCAACAUUAAAAGUUUUUCCACUCUUUCGGAGCUUGUUCAAGCUGCUAAAGAUCAGAUAGCCACCGAACAAACAUAACAUAAUCUCCAGCUUUUUAAUGAAGAGGCCUAGCUUCCAAAAAAGAAAAAAAGUUUAUUUUUUAUUUUUACUUUCCUUUGCCAAAUACUGUUUAGCAAAAAAAAAAAAAAGUGCUUCCUAAUGCAGCUUCAGCAGCAGAUUUAAAUGUGUCUCAAAAUAGAAAAACUCAUUUCGCGAACAUAAAGAAACAUACAAGGGAGGUUUAUUUUGGUUUUCCGUUAUACGGAAGGCAAUUUAUAUAUUUCUAUGUAUUCUGCUAUAGGAUUAUGGAAAUAUUUUUAUUUUUAUUGUAAAUUAUUAUCAUGCAGAAAAAUGAAUUUAAGAUGAUUAAAAUGAACAAAAA